CCUACACGACCCGGAGGGGGCGGGGAAGGGGAGCGUGGGGGGGGCGGGUAGUGAAAUGAGCCUCGGGCCAAGUGUGACGUGAUGGACGGGGGUCCCGAGAGGGCGAGCCGCUCCGCCCGUCACUUGAGGAGCGACCCCGGGUCUCUGUUCAGUGACGGUCAAAGGAGGUGAUUUCUGGACCUUCUCAUGAGCUGCGGAGGCCGGUGGCCGGUCAGCGUUGCAGGAUGUGAUCGCUCCGCUCGCCCCGGAACGGACACUUGAACGAGCACCGCAGUGGCUCCCUAGGAGGACCAGCCAAUGCCCGAGUCCGCCCGCGCAGGCGCUGCCGAUGCGGAAGCGUUUGCGCGUCCCCUUCCGCCCGGACUGGCGCCACUUCCGCCCGGGAGCCGAGGCCGCGCCCCACGCCGCGCGCCUCCGGCUCCCCUCCCCGCGCCCCUGCCGCCGCCGUCACCGCCGCGAUGCCGGGGUCAGGCUCCCGCCUCAUCUCGGUGUUCCCGAGCCCCCAGGAGCUGGGCGUGUCGCUGGCGCAAGUGGUGGUGCAGCGGGCGGCGCAGAGCCGGGCCGGGGCCGGGGGCGCUGGGGAUGGGGCUCGCUUCUCCCUCGGGCUCUCGGGCGGGAGCUUGGUCCAACUGCUGGCCCAAGAGCUGCCGGCGGCCGCCGCCCCCGCCGGGCCCGCCGCCCCAGCGCACUGGACGCUGGGAUUCUGCGACGAGCGCCUCGUGCCCUUCGACCACGCGGACAGCACGUUCGGCCUGUACCGGACUCAUCUUCUUUCGAACUUGCCUAUCCCAGAGAGCCAGGUAAUCACCAUUAACCCUGUGCUCCCAGUGGAAGAGGCUGCCUCAGACUAUGCAGAGAAGCUUCGAGAAGCCUUUCAAGGUGAUACGAUCCCAGUUUUUGACCUUCUGAUUUUGGGUGUUGGACCUGAUGGGCAUACAUGUUCCCUUUUCCCUGAUCACCCACUCCUUCAGGAGAAGGAAAAAAUUGUGGCCUCCAUCAGUGAUUCCCCAAAGCCACCCCCUGAGAGGGUGACCCUCACUCUGCCUGUACUGAAUGCAGCACGAAUGGUCGUGUUUGUGGCUACAGGAGAAAGCAAAGCGGCUGUUUUGAAGCGGAUCCUGGAAGGUGAUGAGGAGAAUCCGCUUCCCGCCGCGCUUGUGCAGCCCCACACAGGGCGGCUGUGUUGGUUCCUGGAUGAGGCCGCGGCGAAAGAGCUGACCAUUCCAUUUGAAAAGCAUUCCAUUUUGUAGCCAGAUGGGCCCAGAUGUGCCAGACCCAGAGUUGACCUCUGCACACUGCUUCCUUAUCUUUCUCUUGAUAUUUUUACAAAGACCAGCGGGUGUGGGGCAGCAGUCCUCUCUCCUGGGGAGGGAGUGAAUGAGCCUGAGAACAGGCUCAUGAACUGUGUAUGGUCUCUCUUGUGUGACCACCCAAUAUUAAAAUGUGAAUUUCAGCUCUGUAA